AUGUUUUCUCAGUACAGCAAGCAAGAUGCCUUCCCUCCACCACCGUAUCUCUAUCCUCCUCGGCCUCCCUGCCUCCCUGCCUCUACAGUAGCCUUCAACUUCGAUCUCCCCAAGCCGACCCUAAUCCUCCAGGACUACUCCCUAGACGGCUUUACCCCGAAGCCCACCGCCGCCGCGCUCCUUGAACUGCGAAAACGCGGUUCAGGCGUUUGCGCGUACCUCAGCGGCUCCGUCGACACCACGAUUACUUGCGGUGACGGGGCUUGCGGCUACGAUCCGGAUGUCCACUGGUGGGGCUGCUGCGACGGCGAGUCCAAAGGCACCCCAACGGGCUGCCCUAUCAUCACCAAAUGCGUGCCCCACAGCCUCUACAACUCGUGCUCGCUGAAUCCGUCGUGCUCGGCUGAUCAAGGGCUAACGGCUUGGGGGUGGGCCAUUUCCUAUCAGUAUAUAUUCGGCCCGUACGGCCACUACAAUACAAGCAGAGUUUACAUCAAUUUCAACCUCAGUUUAGGUGGACCUGUCCGUAGCGAUUUCGAUCGCCUGUCAACAUUCCUGUCAGGCCUAACAACAUCUACCCGGGGUUUAGAACAAGAUAUUAUGGAUGAAUGGGUAACUUUGAAUUUCCAUAUACGCACCACUAGGGAAAAACAUAGACCUAAGUUGCUUCUUAGUGCUGGGAGAUAG